AUGCUAUUGCCAAGAGGACAGCAGAACAGAAUGUAUUGUAAAUGGCUGUUCCAAUUUUCUACUAAUUUUGUCGAGCAUGAAUGCUUCAAGCAUUAUGUGGAAGAUAAGGAUCGCAUCGUUGUAGAUGAAAAUUUUGUUGUGACAAUAUGUUAUAACAGUAUGUUUACUACUGUGCGCGACGGAAAUUUAAGAGAUAAUUAUACUAAAGCGCGUAAAAAGAUUAAAGAUUAUGUUCUUAGUGGAUCGGCUGCUAGUGGACAAAAGAAACCCAAAUUUAGAUUUUAUGACAUGAUGACAAUUUUAAACAACUUCCUGGAGACACGGCAGACUGUGAGCUCAUUGCCAAACGUUGAUGAAAAAUAUGGAACAUUUGAGUCAUACGAGGAUGAUACCAAUAGUUUUCCUUCAAUGCAGACUACCAUUGAUGCUUCACCAAUACUGACUCCCACUUGUGUUCCUUUACGAACGCCUACACCAACUCUCAUUCCUCCAAGGACCUCAAUAUCUAGAAGCGUUUCUCCACCAACGCUAUUCAGUACUUUGCGAAUAUUGGCGACAAAUGUGAAAAAGCAAAAGACCGAUGUCUUGCAAACAGCUUUAAUAGAAGCUUUAAAAGAACUAACAACGCAAACUGUUGAUCCGCUAGAUGGGUUUUUAGCACGGUUGGGAGAAGGUAUGCGAAGGUUGCCAUAUCGCCAGAGAGCUCACCUCGAAAUACGAUUUUUGACAUUGCUCGGUGAAGCAGAAGAUCUUUGUGGUAUCAAUAUUGACUAA